AUGGGUGGUGGAAAUGAUUCAAGGGGCGAUUACUCGUACCCUCUCUUUGCAGAGAAGCCUGUGGGCGUUCCAAAGACUAGUAUUCUCAAGGGCCGUAUUGAGCCCUUCUAUAGGCCAGGGCAGUAUGAGAAGAUCAACCUUCUUGCCAACAUGUACCAUGCCAGGUACUCGGGAAGUCCACAUGUUCAGCUCGCGGUUUGGGACGCUCCUGGCCAGGAGCGCCCUACCUUCGAGGAAGCAACAAAGCAGGUCUUCCGCGAGACUCACAUUGGGGCUUCCUUUGGCCCUUCAUGGUCGACUCACUGGUUCAAGGUGACUCUGACUAUCCCGGCAGACAUUGCGGGAGAUGAGUUGCUGGAGCUCCAUUGGGAUGCUAACAAUGAAGGCCUGAUCUGGUCUGAAGCCGGCAUGCCACUACAGGGCCUGACUGGCGGUGGCGAGCGUAUUGAAUGGGUCAUCCCAAAGGAAUUCCGUGAUGGCAGCAAGCACACCAUCUACAUUGAGAUGGCUUGCAACGGCAUGUUUGGAAACGCUCCCGACGGUCAGACCAGCAUUGCGCCACCCGAUCCCAACAGAUACUUUGGUCUUGGCAAAGCCGAUAUCGUUUCAGUCAAUCUCCAAGCCCGGAUGCUUCACUUCGACAUGUGGGAGCUUGGUGAUGCUGCUCGUGAACUUCCCGAGGACUCUGCUGAGCAAAACCGGGCCCUCCAAGUAGCCAUGAAAAUUAUUGACACAUUCGAACUCAACAACCAAAAGUCCAUCUUGAAGUGUCGCGAGCUUGCCAAGGAGAUUCUCGGUCCUGAUGUUGACUCCCAUCGUGUCUACGAAGUUGGCAAAGAGCCAGUGGUAUUUGGAAUUGGAAAUUGUCAUAUUGACACCUGCUGGCUUUGGCCUUGGGCCGAGACCAAGCGCAAGGUUGUCCGAUCUUGGAGUAAUCAGUGCGACCUCAUGGAUCGCUAUCCCGAGGCAACAUUUGCCUGCUCCCAAGCCCAGCAAUUCAAAUGGCUGAAGCAAUAUUACCCAGCCGCCUAUGACAGGGUCAAGAAGAAGGUGGACGAAGGCCAGUUCCUACCCAUUGGCGGCAGCUGGGUCGAACACGAUACCAAUAUGCCGAGCGGUGAAUCUCUUUCCCGCCAAUUCUUCUAUGGCCAGAGGCUUUUCGAGCGGGAGUUUGGCAUUCGUUGCCGAACUUUCUGGCUUCCUGACACUUUCGGGUAUUCCAGUCAGUUGCCGCAGCUUUGUAGACUUGCAGGCAUGGAUCGGUUUGUCACUCAGAAACUGAGCUGGAACAAUAUCAACAACUUCCCGCAUACCACCUUCAUGUGGGUGAGUCCUGAUGGGAGCCAAGUGAUCUGCCACAUGCCCCCUUCGGAAACCUAUACCGCAGAUGCAAACCUGGGAGACGUCAAACGAAGCAUAACACAGCACAAAACCAUGAGAGUUGACAACUCAUCGCUUCUUUUAUUCGGAAAGGGCGAUGGAGGUGGUGGCCCAACCUGGGAGCACUUUGAAAAGCUAAGACGCUGCGCUGGAAUCAGCAACACAGUCGGCGGAAUUCCCAAGGUGAAACUUGGGCACACUGUUGACGACUUCUUUGACCGUCUUGCUCCGAAGGCAAGCGAAUUUCCCACUUGGUAUGGCGAACUCUACUUUGAGCUUCACAGAGGCACAUACACAACACAGGCAAACAACAAAUACUUCAAUCGCAAGUCAGAGGUGUUGCUUAGAGAAAUCGAGCACCUGGCAACUAUUGCUUCGCUCAAGUUUAAGGGGUACAAGUACCCCACGGAAGAUAUUGAUAAUAUGUGGGAAUCUGUUUUGCUUUGCCAAUUUCAUGACUGCCUGCCUGGAAGCUGCAUCGAGAUGUGCUACGAUGAUUCUGACAAGCUCUACGCCGAAGUCUUCAAGACCGGCAAUAAACUCUUGAAGGAGCUUUAUGGAUAUUUUGGCCUGUCGGAGGUUCGUUCCAACUGUCUGCAAGAAUCUGUGGCCAUCAACAACAUACCCUGGCACCGCGAGGAAUUUGUUGAGUUCUCUGAAACUGAGGUCGGCAUUGUCAGUGGUGAAGGUGAGCUUCUCCGUCUCCAGCCGCAAGAUUCCACACCAGGAAUCUCCGUACAGGAGACAUCUUCAGGAGUAUUCGUUCUUGCAAACGACCAGCUUCGCAUCGUGGUUGACCACGGUGUUAUUGUGUCCCUCUACGACAUUACAAACGACCGAGAAGUCAUAGAGAAGGGUGGACAGGCCAACAAGUUUGUCAUUUUUGAUGACAUUCCACUCUACUGGCAGGCUUGGGACGUGGAAGUCUACCAUCUCGGUACACGGCGACAGUUGGAACACGGCGAGACGAGAAUUUUCGAACAAAAGCCGCACAAAGUUACUCUUGUCACAGAUGUCAAAAUCAGCGAGGAAAGCUCACUGAAGUCCUUCAUCACCCUAUCGGCGUCUCUGAAUGGCCAGCCUUCGCAAGUGGACUGUUCAGCAGAGGUCGAUUGGCAUGAGAAUUCCAAGUUCCUCAAGGUUGAGUUCCCGGUUGAUAUUGUCAACACGGAAGCAUCAUACGAGACAGCCUACAGCAUUACCAAGCGCCCUACUCAUUACAACACAAGCUGGGAUAUGGCUAAAUUCGAGGUGUGCUGCCACAAAUUUGCCGAUCUUUCAGAACACAACUAUGGUGUUUCUAUCUUGAACGAUAGCAAGUACGGUUUUGCGACGGCUGGCAAGACGAUGCGUCUGUCCCUGCUUCGCUCUCCCAAAGCACCCGAUGCGCAUGCUGACAUGGGGCAUCAUUCCAUCCGAUGGGCGAUCCUCCCGCAUAAGGGCUCUCUGUCAUCCGUGACUGUGAAGGCCGCCUAUGCUCUCAACAAUCCUCUCACUGUUCUUUCAGGUUCCAAAGAAUCCAUCGCUUCGCUCUCUGGCUCCUCCAUCAAGCUCGUUAACGAAGAUGACUCGGAAUCACUCGUUCUAGACACCAUCAAACGUGGACACGAUGAUGAGGAUGUCACCCGACGUGAAGGAACCCGUGUCAACCCUGGACAGAGCAUAAUUCUGCGUGUAUAUGAGUCCCUGGGAGGACACAGCAAGGGUACCAUCCAGACUGCUUUCCCCAUCAAGCGAGCGUCAAAGGCGAAUAUCCUCGAAGACGAACUUGAAGAAAUUGAGGUUAAAGAUGGAAAGGUUGCGAUUAAGCUUAGACCAUUUGAGGUUGCCACUUUCAAGCUUCAACUUUAG